GGUGCGUGAACACACUGUGUACGUCAGAUGUUGUCGCACAGAAGCUACACGCGUGGGGAAAUUGUAGCACGAUUUCCAUUAAUAUCGCACAGGUUGUCCUGUUAAAACGUUUCGAGCAUUUUGUAAGAGUUUUGUUUCUAACAUGGGGAAAAGAAGUAGACAGAGACAGAAAAAUCAACAGAAUGGCAAGCCGGGUGGGAGAGACGACAGAGACAAUGCUGGCUGGGGCGCGGGCUAUGCCGACAUCGUCAAAGAGAACAAGCUGUUUGAGCAGUACUACCAGGAGCUUGGCUUGGUGCCCUCCGGGGAGUUUGACCGGUUCAUGGCGGCCCUGAGGGAGCCACUGCCGGCCACUAUCCGCAUCACAGGGUACAAGAGCCACGCCCAGGAGAUCCUCCACUGGCUGAAGGACAAGUAUUUCAAGGAGAUUCAGGAGGUGGAGAUCGAUGGGCAGAAGUUUGAGGCUCCGCAAGCUUUGAGCUGGUACCCUGACGAGCUGGCGUGGCACACAAACAUGAGCAGGAAGAUCCUGAGGAAGUCUCCUCUGCUGGAGAAGUUCCACCAGUUCCUGGUCAGCGAGACCGAGUCGGGUAACAUCAGCCGCCAAGAGGCUGUGAGCAUGAUCCCCCCUCUGCUCCUCAAGAUCGAGCCGCAUCAUAAGAUUCUGGACAUGUGUGCCGCCCCGGGGUCUAAAACAGCCCAGCUGAUAGAGAUGCUACAUUCAGACAUGGACGUGCCUUUCCCAGAGGGUUUUGUCAUUGCCAACGACGUGGACAACAAGCGCUGCUACUUGCUGGUGCACCAGGCCAAGCGUCUGAACAGCCCCUGCAUCAUGGUGGUCAACCACGACGCCUCCAACAUUCCCCGACUGCAGGUCGACGCCGAGGACGGCAAGAAAGGCAUCCUCUUCUACGACCGCAUCCUCUGCGACGUGCCCUGCAGCGGAGACGGGACCAUGAGGAAGAACAUCGACGUGUGGAAGAAGUGGACCACCAGCAACAGCCUGCACCUCCACGGGCUGCAGCUGCGUAUCGCGGUGCGCGGCGUGGAACAGCUGGCAGUGGGAGGCAGGAUGGUCUACUCCACCUGCUCCCUCAACCCCAUCGAGGACGAGGCCGUCAUCGCCUCCCUGCUGGAGAAGGGCGAAGGUGCGUUGGAGCUGGCCGAUGCCUCAGCGGAGCUCCCAGGGCUCAAGUGGAUGCCCGGGGUGUCCUCCUGGAAGUUGAUGACGAAGGAGGGCCAGUGGUACAAGGACUGGUCCGAGGUCCCAGAGAGCCGACACACGCAGAUCAGACCCACCAUGUUCCCCCCUCCAGACCCUGAGAAACUGUCCGCCAUGAAGCUCCAACGAUGUAUGAGGAUCCUUCCUCAUCAUCAGAACACCGGAGGAUUCUUUGUCGCUGUCCUGGUGAAAACGGCCCCCAUGCCCUGGAACAAAAGACUACCUAAGCUGAGGAAUAAGGACCUGGCCUCCAGCUCAGCGCCCCAGACAGAGGACUCUCCGGGGGGCACAGGUGCCCCAGACACCCCUCUCUCCGGGCCUCUGGAGGGGGCGAAGGAGGAAGAGGUGGGAGGAAGCGAGCACGCCGUCAAAGAGGAGUCUGGCAAUGGAGAGCAAAGGCAAGAGCCCCCUAAAGAUAGAGCGUGUGGGCCGCCGCCUUCCAAGAAGAUGAAGCUGUUUGGAUUCAAGGAGGAUCCCUUUGUGUUCCUGACUGAAGAUGAUCCUGUCUUCCCUCCCAUACAGAACUUCUACGACCUGAGUCCCGACUUCCCCAAGCAGAACGUUCUGACCAGAACCCACGAGGGCAAGAAAAGGCACCUGUACAUGGUCUCCAAAGAGCUCCGCAACGUACUGAUCAACAACAGCGAGCGCAUGAAGGUCAUUAACACGGGGGUGAAGGUAUGGUCUCGCAACAGCGACGGGGAGCAGUUUGGCUGCGCCUUCAGACUGGCUCAGGAGGGCAUCUACACCCUCUAUCCCUACAUCCGCUCCCGGCUGAUCACGGUCAGCGUGGAGGACAUCAAGGUGCUGCUCACACAGGAGAACCCCUACCUCAGCAAGCUCCAGGACCGAGCUCACUCACAGGCCAAGCAGAUAGGUAUGGGCAGCAUCGUGCUGAGGUACCAGCCGAAUCCCAGUAACCCAGACGAGCCCCAGUGUCCCAUUGAGCUGUGUGGCUGGAGGGGGAAGACCUCCAUCCGAGCCUUCGUGCCUCGCAACGAGAGGUUCCACUACCUCCGCAUGCUUGGGGUGGAGGUGUUCCGAGAGAAGCAGGGCGUGGGCAAGCCAGGGGCCAAGGGCCCCGCCGAGGAGGAGGGGCCGAAGGGAGAGCCCGAGAGCAGGGACGACCACGACGGAGGGAAAGACGCCGUCUCCGACUCCAAGGGCAACAGAGCCGAUCAGGCGGCCACUUGAGGGGGGAGGGGGGGGAGGGGGGUGAACGGAGGGAGGAAAACGACAUGAGGAGAGGAGGUUGGAGAGCUGUACAUCUUGAGCUAUGUUGAUUGGUUCGAGGCUGGACCAAAUGUCUAACGGGGAGGGGGGGGGGGGGGUGGUGUUGGACGCGAGGCUAGGUCACUAAACCACUGCCCGAGCAGAAAGAACACCUCCCGUUGUAGAGUGGUCACAUGGACUGGUCCCCUGCUCCUCCAGUCCAGGUCCAGGACUCAAACGCUCUAGUGAAGUGGCUUGUUUUGUUUUAUACUGCUGUUGACUUUUUUUUCCCAUUUUAAUUGAAAGCAAGGACCCGGUGUGUUUCUUAACGUGCUCAGUCACGGUUGCUACAACCGCUGUUUCAUUUUUCUAUGAUUGUAAUUAAGAGAAAAUAUGAAAUCCAUUAAAAGUAUGAAAUCCA